AUGGCGCCUCGGAUUCUGUAUCAGCUCGCGCUUGUGCUACUCUCAGCGCUUGUUGCAGCUGCAGAAGACUUUGAAUGUCGAGAAAACACGCAAAUCAAAGGCAACGAAUACGACCUAACCAGUCUAAAUGCUGCUCGCAGUGCGAGCCGCGAACGGAACACACCCCCGACGACCAUGGUGGACUCGAUCCGAUUCAAUUUAUGUGCUGAUCUUGAGUCGAGUGACCUCCCAGAACAAGACCAGUGUCCAGGCGGUACUAGAGCGUGUCUUACGAAGACAAAUAAACGAGAAGGAGAGCAAGACAGAAUUAUCGCCGUCAUUCCACUUGCGACAACGGGAACAGCGAGUCCAGAGUAUAGCGCGUUGACAGGGAGUGAUGGUUUCACGGUUCUGCUUCAUGGAAAAGCGUAUCCUGAGAACGGCACGAACCAAAAUUUCAAUAUUACUCUUGUCUGCAGUCAAGAAGCUAGUGACCCAACGUUUGUUGACUACAACAAUGGCCUCGGUUCGGUCAAGUGGUCAACACCCGCGGCUUGUCCCAAGAAGAAAGGAGACCCUCCUCCAACCGACAAGCCAGACGAAACGCAUGAGCCUUCCUCACCUCCAGGUAGUGGUAUCGGAUGGUUCUUCCUUCUACUCUUCCUGGUGUUGGCAGCAUACUUCCUCAUCGGUAUUUAUCACAACUAUACUAAUUAUGGCGCCUCGGGAUGGGAUCUCAUACCUCACCGAGACUUCUGGAGAGAAGUUCCUUACCUGCUACGGGAUCUCGGAUAUCACCUCGUCACUGCAUUACGUGGGGGUCCAAGUAGAGGAGGUUACCAGUCAGUCUGA